AACAAUUUUGAAAUAUCCAACAUGAAUAUAGGAAUAGUAUGGAAUACAAAUUCUUUUGCUGCAUAUUCAGGAUAGACUUCAUUUAUUUCUUGUUUGUUCUUUUUCUUGUAUUAACUUAUCAUUAUUUGAGCGCAGAGGUAUAUUAUUUUAAAAAUGGUUAUUGUACACGACGAGGAAUAUUAUCGGAGCAGAGUGCCUGAGCCAGACUUGGGACCAUUCAGGAAUUUCAUGCGAUUCGUUUGGAAUCCCAACUUGAGGAUGAUACUUGGCAGAACUGGAAAAGAAUGGGGCUUGUUAGGAGUUUUCUAUUUGUGCUUCUUCAGUGUAUUGGGCUCCAUCUUCGCGUUGCAGAUGUGGGUCAGUAUCGACUAUAUCUCGAAAUUGGAUAAGCCAUUUUUCCUCUACAGUGGUUUAGCAUCAAGAUCCUAUUUCGGUAACAACUUUCCUCUUUUUCGUCAGUUGGAUUUUGGCAGUCCAGGAAUUAGUUUCAAACCAAAUAAUUUAUUGUCCACUGCAUCACCCAUUAUUUGGGUGGACGAAUCAAAUGCGAAUGCUCGUCCGGCAAGAUAUAUAGAGGCUUUAACUGAAUUUUUGCAAGAGUACAAUAAAAGCAGAGAUAAUUACAAGACAACUGCGGAAUGCAGUGAUGAGGCACUGAACAUAUCUGAUGUGAAACCAUGUUUCUUUGAUAUCGAGAGCCUCGGCGUUUGCGGAAAACCUCCUUAUGGAUAUACGAAUCCGUUGCAGCCGUGUAUUCUCAUAAAGUUUAACAAGAGAUUUGAUUGGAUACCGAUGCAUUACAAUAAAUCUUCUCAAUUACCUAUAAACAUACCACCUGCUUUAGAAGAAACUAUCCGAUUUUCGAACAAAGUUCAGGUUUGGUUGUCGUGCGAUGGAGCGAACGGCGUCGAUAAAGAACACGUCGGUGAGAUUGAAUAUAUACCGAGUGCUGGCUUUCCUGUAAAAUAUUUUCCGUUCGUGGGACAACCGGAUUAUUUGUCGCCAAUGGUAGCGUUGCAAUUCAAAAAUAUUACGCCUGGCAGAUUAGUGACGGUGGAAUGUACCUUGUGGGCACUUAAUAUCAACAUAGGCCAGCAGAACGCGUUGGAUUUUCAAAUAAUACUGGGCGAAUCGUAACACUACGAGUCUACAAGAAACGGACGUGUACGAUAUACAUAUAGUGCCGUACCUCCUUGAACUCGGCCACCUGUUUUUGUGAGAACAUGGAGAAGACGCUGGAGCCACUGCGUUUAGCUUUGCGACUGCCGCGGCUGCUUGCCCUAGCGGAACCAGAUUCCUUCGGUGUGCCCGUAGGAGUUGCUGGUUUCUCUUCCGCGGGCUCAGGUUCAGGCGCUGGAGCCUCCUCCUUCUUCUUGGUCUUCUUCUUCUUUUCCUUAUCCGCC